AUGGCAGGCACACAACCCAGCGCCGACCAAAUCUCACAAGUCUGCGGAAUAGCAGCGGUCGAUGAGUCAAGUGCUCGAAUAUUGUUGAGGAAAGCGAACAACGAUGUAAAUGCGGCUGUCAAUGCAUUCUUUGAGGAUCCGGUGGGCUCUUUGAAAGACCAAGUAGCCACAGAGCAAUGGCAGGAUCAGGAUAACAUCCCAUUUGCCGACGACUCAAGCAUGGGCGGCAUGCCUGCCUUGUCACGUCCGCCAUCGAGAAUAGGCCAUAACAGGUCCUUUGUGGAUUUGUCCAACGAACAUGCUGCAGCCUCAAAUUUUGAUGCUGCCACACUCAAGGAGGAGGAAGAGAUGAAUGACCCAGCCAUCCAGCGUGCGAUGGCAGAGUCGCUCGGACACACUCUACCAGCACAAGAGAAUGGAGUUACCGGCGCCGGCGCACACUUUGGACCCGCUAAGCGCGAACACUACGAUCCUGCGAACUGGGCACUCACCACAUAUUCAACUGCCCGCGAAAUAAUCGAUCACCCUCCGCCCUCAAAACGGCGUCGGAUUGACGACGAGCCCGCGUUCCUACGGGGUUCUAAGGAAACCGACUAUCUCGCGCCGUUGCUCACUAUCUAUCACAGCAUACCACUCGCUCGGGAAGCUUUGCUCAUGCCUAGUCUAAAGAUCCAUAAUUACGGCCACGAAGCCAGUUGGUGGUCCGGCACGUCCGAUGAGAACACUAAGGCUUUGUCGACCGAUAGCACACUACAGGUCGACCGGGACGAGUGCAAUGUACUCGCGGAAGUUCAAUGCUUGAUGGCCUUUCUUGACAGGUCAAAUCGUGCUUAUGGGAGUGUGGAUGCGCUGGCUGAUCUCCAAAGGGUUCGUUCCGGCAACGGCCAAUCGUCGCUUCGAUUCAUGCAGGCCUGGGCUUCCGCAGCAGUUCAUCAGGACCCUCAUGAGCAGUUGACUCAGGUUUUCACAUCUGUCGCCGUAAAGCACAAUGUGUCUGGUAGCGAUCCGCGGGAUGAAACGACCCUGUUCGUCGUUGAACCACCGACCAAUCCCGCUCUUGGGCAAACCUUGGUGGAUCUGCUUGAUACGACAGUAUGGGACGACAACAGUCAUGAACUCGACGAUGUGUGGAUUGACCAUGCCGCUGAGAUUUUCACUAUUCGUGUUCAUGAUCCUCAAGAGGGCAAAAGUGGCGUAAAUUUGACUCUGGAUCCCGUCUGGUAUCCUGACCGCUACCUAUACGAAUGCCGAGAUGUCAUGCGACAACUACGGAAGCAGCUUCAAGUGAUACGCAGAGAAAUCGAACAGUGCACCAUGAUUCAGCGUCGCUGCGAAGUUGUCAAGUUGCCGGAUAACAGGCUACUUAUGACCCGUGACGUGCUGAAUGCCGCUGUCAAAGCUUCCGCUGGAGUUACUGGCAAGAAGCCUGUCCAGUCUGGCUCGUAUGAGGGUCAACGGUCAAUCUCGGAGGACUCUGUCAGCACAGCGGCUAUGGAAGAGGUUCGUUCAGAACUGCAAAAUCUUCUCGGACGCAUCGAGCAAAAGUCGCAACAACUCGAGCAGAAGAAGACCGAGCUUCGGCAGAGAAUGCGAGAAAUCUCGUUGCAGCUGACAAAGCCUACCCAGGAAAGCCCUCACCUCCCGCAGCGCAAGUACACCCUACGCGGCGUGUCGACCAAGCCUAAUAUUACAUAUGUCCGCCGACGAAACUCUGAUCUCCUGCAUCUCGACGACGAUGAGAGCACCUCUGAAGACCCAGACAGCCAGUGGUGGCGAAUGUCCUGGCUACAGGACCCCGGCUCACAACAGCUGCCACCAGCACAAAUAGGUCCGGUCACGAAGGAUCAGGCUGAGGCUGAUCGAAAAGCGCAAGAGCCAACACCUGAUGGCGGCUCGAGGCCGUUCACCAUUGUCAAAGUCAGGGAGAACGAAGUCCUAGAAGCGGUUGAAAGCGAACAUCAUUCUGUGCUACUGGUGUAUGCCAACGAAAAUGCAAUGAAUUUCAAAGCCAGUGAGCUGAGCCUGCCACUGAGACACUUUGUGGACAGGGACAACCAAGCGUUCGCUGAGGAGUUGCAAGAAGAGGAAGGCACGGCGCUUGACACGUCUGGCGACCUAGUGCCUGAAACCGAAUUUGAAGACGUGCCUCUCAUCGAUCGAACCGGAUCCAACAGCUCCGUUCAGGAGUUUACACCAAUGUCCAUGUCGAGUCCAGCUCGUGAUGAGGAUGGACAACCUUCUCCCAAGCGGGCGAAAGAGAGCAACGCGAGCCUCUUCUCUGAGCAACCGCCCUCCUACGAAGACAGCGUCGACAAACAAGAAAUGCAAGAGCGGAAAGGCAACAAGAUUGGGUUGUACGCUGAGCAAAUGCUUCAAAAGUAUGGCGGUGACACCAGCAAAGAAAGCGACGCAGAGACCAUUGAUGGUGGCGAAUCUAUGCAUAUUGAGCAUUCAAACUAG